AUGAGGCCGACCAUGCUGGCUCUGAUGCUCUCUGUGGCCUCCGCAGUGACCAUCACGGACAUGCGCGCCAACUACAGCUCAAUCUUCAAGACGGGCAACCGCAACGCCGCCUCUCACCUCUGGGCGUCGUGGAUUCUCGACAAGGCGGCGGACCUGCAGCCGUCCAAAAUUGUCGAGCUCUUUGGCGGCUUUUGUCCGAUCAGUGGAUCGCCAGUCGUUCCAAGCGAGUCGAACCGUUGGGAGUACUCUCUUCCGACCCUGUCGGGAGACCGUGUCACCGGCGUCACCUACCACUGCUGCUCGCCAUGCGAUUUCCUCAAGGUCGACACCAAGACCAUCUCGACCGCAGCGGGAGAACGACGAUUUAACUUUCUCGUCUACGGCCAUCCGCGCCCGAGCUGA